AUGGUGGUCUGCACACUCCACAUCAUCGCUCUAAAACCAGGCGUUUCGGUCGCCAGCUUCCUCUCCAAGCUGCGCGAGGGAAAUGCCAAGCCCGUCUUCCAGGCCAAGGCUCUGCGAUGGAUGAUUCUGCCCUCGAACCAGUCCGCCGGCCACCUGCUGGGCCGCAACAAGCAUUGGGACCUGCUCAUUGGUCUCCAGGCCGGCACUCCCCUCCCGCCCCGUGCGGUCGCCGACAUGGACGACGUAUGGACCGCAAGCUGCGGCGUCUCAUCCCAGGCGCUGUCGGGCUAUGCCCAGCUCAACGCGAAACUCUUCGACGCCGCCACUCCACCUAUGCCCUUUCCCCCCGGCCAUGACGCGGCGUCGUCGCAGAACCUCGAGCUAUCCUCGGAGCUACGCGAGUGGUGCGCCGCUUUGCCCGCUGAGCUUCAGGACCGGCCCGUCUCUAUGCUCAACCUCCUGGCCUUUGCCCCCGGCAAGAAGGACCAGUACAAGAAGUACGGCGUCGAGUUCUCGUCUCGCGUGGGAGCCAACUACGGCGGUCGUCCCAAGCUGGUCGGUCGCGUGAUUGAAGGGGCCGAGGGCCGUGCGCAUGAGGAUGGGUGGGAUGAGGUCGCGUUUGUGCACUAUCCCAGCCUCAACCACUUUGCGUCCAUGCUGGCCAGUACACCGUACCAGGAGGUCAACCAGCAGUACAGACUAGGGGCGCUGAAGGACACGUUUAUUCUCUGCGUCGUCGAGAUUGAUGACCGAGGGGAGCUUGUCGCCAAGCAGCUCAAGCACAAAUUGUAA